AUGAGUGGUUACAUUCCCGAGGUAUCACAGAGCAUUGGAAAACUGGUUGACUCCGUAGAGUCUUUGGAUGAAUUAUUGAAAAAGAAAGAGUUUAUGAAUUUUUCUCAAGAAAAAGUCGACUAUAUCUUUCAAAGAGCCUCUUUAGCAGCAAACUGUGCGAGAUAUGAACUGGCAGCCUUAGCAAUAGAAGAUGGAGGGAUGGGGUUGUUAGAGGAUAAAAUAAUAAAGAAUCAUUUUUCAUCUGAAAAUAUUUACAAUAAAUACAGAAAUACAAAAACUGUAGGCGUCAUUGAACAUGAUGAAUUUGGAGGUAUUGAUAUAGUUGCUGAGCCAUUAGGAAUUUUAGCAGGGAUUUCUCCAUGCACAAAUCCAACAUCCACAACAAUCUUCAAGUCUCUAAUUUCACUUAAGACAAGAAAUUGUAUAGUGUUUUCACCCCACCCAAGAACAGCUAGAAGUUCUAUAAGAGCAGCAAAAAUUAUCAGGGAUGCAGCUAUAGAAGCAGGAGCACCAGAAAACUGUAUAGGUUGGAUAGAUGUUGGAAGUAUUUCCUUGUGUAACUCCUUAAUGAACCAUAGCUCUGUUGCAGCAAUUUUGGCAACAGGUUCUGUGGCUUUAGUAAAGGCAGCUUAUUCAUGUGGCAAGCCAGCUUUAGGCGGAGGAGCAGGAAAUUCUCCAGUUUUAGUUGACGAACUUUCAGACUUGGAUAUGGUGGUGAACUCAGUAAUUUUAUCCAAGACUUUUGACAAUAGCCUGAUUUGUGCCUCCGAACAAUGUUUGGUGGUUUUGGAUUCUGUUUAUGAUCAGCUGAUUUCAAAAUUUAAAAAUAGAGGAGUGCAUAUCGUUUCUUCUAAAGACGAACUUCAAAGACUUGGAGACUUGUUAAUUGACGAAAAUGGAAAUAUGAAUCCUAAGUCAGUUGGAAUUAGUGCAGUUGAGAUCGCAAAGAUGGCAUCAAUUGAAGUACCAAAAGACACUGUAAUGAUUUUGGCAGAAAUCAACGAGAUUGGAAGAGGAGAAAAAUUAUCUCACGAGAAGUUGUGUCCUGUAUUAUCAAUCAUUAAAGCUAGCGAUUUUAAUGAUGGCGUUAGCAAAGCAAAGGCUUUGGUUGAAUUUGGUGGUUUGGGACAUACAUCCUGUAUAUAUACUGACCCAAAUUCUGACGAAGGAAAACGCAGAAUUACUGAAUAUCAGAGAAGUAUUCCCACAGGUAGAGUCCUGGUUUGUAUGCCAGCGGCCCAGGGAGCAAUGGGUGAGAUGUUUAACUUCCGUCAAACCCCUUCUUUGACUCUUGGAUGUGGUUCUUGGGGCCAUACUUCAACUGCAGAAGGACUUGGUGUAAAACAUUUGUUGAAUUAUAAACAAGUUGUACAAAGAAGAGAUCAUAUUUCUUGGUUUAAAGUUCCAUCCUCAAUUUAUUUCAACAGAGGAUGCCUAGAAGAAGCCUUGCAAGAUCUCAAGGAAAUUAAUUUAAAGAAGGCUUUCAUCAUUACUGAUAGAGUGAUGGUUAACCUUGGAUUUGUUGAUAAUUUGACCGAAGGUCUUAAGUCUGUUGGAGUAACUUCUGAGAUUUUUGCGGAAGUACCUCCUGAGCCUGAUGUUGAAACUGUUAAGGAAAUUGUUAAAAGAUUGAACAUAAGUAAACCAGAUUGUUUGAUUGGUUUUGGAGGAGGUUCACCUAUGGAUGCGUCCAAGCUUGUAAGACUUAUGUAUGAACAUCCAAGUGUCAAAUGGAAUGAAGUUGUAACCAGAUUUAUGGAUAUUAGAAAAAGAAUUGUAAAAUUACCCCCAAGUGGUGGAAAAAUUCAGAGAUUUAUUUGCAUUCCUACUACUUCUGGAACUGGAGCAGAAAUGACUCCAUUUGCCGUAAUUACCGAUAACAGCACUGGAAUCAAAUAUCCUAUAGCAUCUUACAAGCUCACUCCAGAUAUUGCUAUUGUUGAUGCUAACUUUGUUCUUUCUAUGCCAAGAUUCCUUGCAGCUGCAACAGGAUUAGACGCUCUCACACAUGCUCUUGAAGCUUAUGUGGCAAUUUACGCUUCUGAAUAUACUGAUGGACUUUGCAUACAAGCCUUAAGACUCAUUUUCGAUCAUUUAGCAAAUUCUGUUUUAAAUGGGGAUGCAAAUGCAAGAGAAUAUAUCCAUAAUGCUUCAUCAAUUGCAGGUAUGGCGUUUUCCAAUGCUUUUCUAGGAAUUUGUCAUGCUUUGGCUCACCAGUUAGGAGCUCAAAUGCAUAUUCCACAUGGAAUUGCCAAUGCAAUUCUUCUUCCACAUAUAAUUGCUUACAAUGCAUCUAAUAGGCCGACUAAGCAAUCCAUUUUAUCCCAGUACAAGUACCCUGUAGCAAAGAGCAGAUAUGCUAAGCUUGCCGAUAUUUUGAAUUUCAAAUCCAAUGAGAAGUUUGACAGUGGUUUGGACCAAGAGAGCAUCAAUAUUAGAAUUUUAGUAGAAGCAAUUCAAAAUCUUAAGAAAACUUUAAAUGUCCCAAUGUGUGUUAAAGACCAUGGAAUAGAGGAAGAACAUUAUAUGUCAAGAGUUGAUUCUAUGAGUCUUCAUGCCCUUGAUGACCAAUGUGUCGGAGCCAAUCCAAGAUUCCCCCUUUUAAAUGAGAUUAAGCAGCUCUACAUUGAUGCUUACUCCGGAUUUGUUAGGUACCCAGAAUAUUAA